AUGGACAGAAGCUCUCCCGACCUGGGGUUCUACUCUUCUGACAACCACCACGACAACAACCACGAAUCCGACUCUGACUCUGAUUUGAACGCGGACCUCGACUUCUACGACAACGACGACCACCACGACGACCACCACGACCACCAUAACCACCACCAUCACCACCACGCCCACGCCGAACAAGAAGAAGCAGAGUUCCAGCAUCAGCUACACCACCACUUGCAUCACCAUCUGCACCACCUUCACCAGUUGCGUCACGUUCUUGGCAUCAACCUCGCCGCCGAGCCAAACCUGAACCACGAGGACGAUUAUAUGAACCACAUUUUUGGUGACAGCGAUAGCUAUCUCGACAACGAAGAUUUGGAUGUGGGGGCCUUGCUGCAUGUUGGGGAUAGCGACGACGACGACGACGACGAAAGCCAUAGCGACCACAGUGACGACAGCACUGCAAAUCGAGAGUCGAGUGAGGAUUCUCUCUUUGUUGAUCAGCGGCCUUCGCCCUCACCCUCGUCUAAUCGAUUGCCGCCCAUCGCUCAGUUAGUUCCCGAAGUCCGACGCGCAGGACAACUGCAGGGGAACAGGGAGAGCAGCUUUCGUUUUGGUACUCUGAACUCGGACGAAGUGGCCUUUCGAGACCAGCUUGUUGAGAUGGAAGUCGCAAGACCUGUGCGCCGGCCUCGCACAAUGGCGGCGGCCCGCUCCAUGACGCCAGCUGCCAACGCUGAGGUUAUCGAUUUGACACAAGAUGACGACGACGUUCGGCAGCCGCGUCCAAACCAUAACCCCAAUCCUCGCCGACAAACUCUGAACCACCGCACGCCUUCCCUCAACCGCAGCGACGGUAGCCUUCUCGGAAACGCCGGCGCCGCCGACAUCAUCGACCUCACUAUGGACGACCCGACCCCUCCCCCGCGCCGACAGCAUGCUGCCCGCGCCCAAGCCCGGCCCAACCUUCCACGCCCCCCUCCUCCUCUCGUUGACCUGGUGAACGACGAUGAGGACGACAAUCUCGGUGCUGGUGGCUCCUUCCGAGCCCCUGGCGCUUUCAGCCACUUUGUGCACCAACUCCAACACAGACUGCAGCCGGCUGCCAUGUUUGGCAUUCACGGCAUUCUCGGACUACGCGACGUGACAGCGCUAGGCCGGAGUCCUGCCAACAACCCCCUCGGGGCGCAUGGCCCCGAUUUGAACUACGGACUCCAUCGUGCCGGUCAAGAGCAUGCCGCUCCCAAACCCGCCCAUGUUCCGCCCAAGCCUGCCCGAGAAGGCUUCACCCGUGCCACCGGAGAGGCUAGCGAGGAUGUGGCUGUCUGUGCCGGCUGUGAGGAGGAGCUCAAGUACGACCCAGACGAGUCCAGGGCCGACAUGCCGCCCCAGAAAAGAGCGAGGAACAAGAAGGACAAUGAAGAGCACCACUUCUGGGCUGUCAAGGAGUGUGGACACGUAAGUCAUGCCCGCCGUUUGUUCCUUCCCACCUCUUGUUUCUUUUUGCUGACUUUUAAUUUCCCAGGUGUACUGCAAGAGUUGCUACGAAGGACGUGGCAGAGCCAAGGGCAAGACUGCCCACUUCCGCGCUGGGCCGGGCAAGAACAAGGCUCUAUGCAACGUCCCAGAUUGCGAGUCGGAGGUGUCCAGCAAGAUGGCCUGGGUCGGUCUCUUUCUCUGAGGCAGGGACAUUUACAAACAUUUCUUUAUGGGUGCAUGGACGGAUCGGGUUUGGGUUAUACCAUUUGCUCUCUGGCGAGGGGCUUUACGGACAGGUGA